GGUUUCCAUCCGGGUCCUUCAGCCUCGUUCCCGGGCAGUAUAAAGUUUGCUGUCUCCUUUGUUCGCCCUCGUUGCGCAGUAGUGCUAGCGGCUUCCCUCUUCCGUUCUCGGAGCCAGCGGCCCUCCCUCGUGCUGGGCUGCUACGAAGCCCCUGCCGGCGAGCUCGUAGGAGCUUGGAACCGUCGUCACCCCUCCGACUCUCACCAGGGGGAAAAAAUGGUUGAAGCAGAUCGCCCAGGAAAGCUUUUCAUUGGUGGCCUCAAUACAGAAACAAAUGAAAAAGCCCUUGAAGCCGUAUUUGGCAAAUAUGGACGAAUAGUGGAAGUUCUGUUGAUGAAAGAUCGCGAAACCAACAAAUCGAGAGGAUUUGCUUUUGUCACCUUUGAAAGCCCAGCAGAUGCUAAGGAUGCAGCCAGAGACAUGAACGGAAAGUCCUUAGAUGGAAAAGCCAUCAAGGUAGAACAAGCCACUAAACCGUCAUUUGAAAGUGGCAGACGUGGACCACCUCCACCCCCAAGAAGCAGAGGCCCCCCAAGAGGUCUUAGGGGCGGAAGAGGAGGAAGUGGAGGAACCAGGGGACCUCCCUCACGUGGAGGGCACAUGGAUGAUGGUGGUUAUUCCAUGAAUUUUAACAUGAGUUCUUCCAGGGGACCACUUCCAGUAAAAAGAGGACCUCCACCAAGAAGUGGCGGCCCUCCUCCUAAAAGAUCAGCCCCUUCAGGACCAGUUCGCAGUAGCAGUGGAAUGGGAGGAAGAGCUCCUGUGUCACGUGGAAGAGACAGUUAUGGAGGCCCACCUCGAAGGGAACCCCUGCCCUCUCGUAGAGAUGUUUAUUUGUCCCCAAGAGAUGACGGAUAUUCUACUAAAGACAGCUAUUCAAGCAGAGAUUACCCAAGUUCUCGUGAUACAAGAGAUUAUGCACCACCCCCGAGAGAUUAUACUUACCGUGACUAUGGUCAUUCCAGUUCACGUGAUGACUACCCAUCAAGAGGCUAUAGUGAUAGAGAUGGCUAUGGUCGUGAUCGUGACUAUUCAGAUCAUCCGAGUGGAGGCUCCUACAGAGAUUCAUAUGAGAGUUAUGGUAACUCACGUAGUGCUCCACCUACACGAGGGCCCCCGCCAUCUUAUGGUGGAAGCAGUCGCUAUGAUGAUUACAGCAGCUCACGUGACGGAUAUGGUGGAAGUCGAGACAGUUACUCAAGCAGCCGAAGUGAUCUCUACUCAAGUGGUCGUGAUCGGGUUGGCAGACAAGAAAGAGGGCUUCCCCCUUCUAUGGAAAGGGGGUACCCUCCUCCACGUGAUUCCUACAGCAGUUCAAGCCGCGGAGCACCAAGAGGUGGUGGCCGUGGAGGAAGCCGAUCUGAUAGAGGGGGAGGCAGAAGCAGAUAUUAAAAGCAAACAAAACUUUGGACCAAAAUCCCCGUUCAAAGAAACAAACAAAACAGUGGAACCUUUUCUGUCAUAACUACCCAAGGACUACUAAAAGGAAAAAUUGUGUUACCUUUUUUAAAUUUCCUGUUAAGUUCCCCUUCCAUGAUUUUUAUGUUCUUGUGAGGGAAAAAAGUAAAAUCUGUUAAUCUUAUUUGACUUUAUGACAUUGCUUUCAGUAAGCAAAUGUUAAAUGUGUUUAAGACUUGACUUGUGUACUAGUGUUGUAAUUUUCCAAGUAAAAGUGUCCCUAAAGGUCACUUCCUAUAUCUUGAUUUUUCCCAGUAAAUGAGGCAAGCAAUUCUAGGACCUUCCACAAACAUCUAGCCAUCUAAAAUGGAGAGGUGGAAUUCUUCUGCCUAUACAAACAAGCUAGCUAUUAGAGGGUGGUCGGGAUAUGCUACUCUUAGGAUUUCAGAGUGUCUUCAAACUGAAAUCUCCAUGUUCUCAGUAUGAAAAACCUGAGAUCAGAUGCUUUUAUGUAAGGAAAGUGCUAUUCACCCAGUAAAUCCAAAAAAGCAAAUGGAUAAUGCUGGCCAUAUUUUGCCUUUCUGACAUUUCCUUGGGAAUCUACAAGAACCUCCCCUUCCCCCUCCCCCAAUAAGACCAUUUAAGUGUGUGUUAAGCAACUACAGAAUACUAAAUAAAAAGUUUGGCCAAAACCAACCAUGAAGCUGCAAACGGUGCUUGCUCUUACUGUUUCAAAUUUUUGCAACUCUGUAGUGUCUCACUUUUAAGGAACAGCUUGAUUGCAAAGGAGAAAAUAGAUAAGCAAUGAAGUUAUCUCCAACUUCUCAAAGGCUUAUGACUUCUAAAAAGUGAAUCUAUCAGCAUUCCACAUCAGAUUUAAAGCAUCAAAUGCCUGUGAAACAGCAAAGAUGGUUGAGGAUUUUGGUCCUUAUGGUUGGAGUGCUGAUUUAUUCACACUACAUAAACCUCACAGCAAGAGAAAUCAAAUGCUAAGAGUUGUUGAAGCAGAAGAAUGCUGAUUGUCGAUAAGGCACAACAGUUGCAUAAGCAGUACUCCUCAGAAUUGGUUUGGUGCAGGCAAUAGAGUUUUUGCCUUCGAGGGUUCCUGUGGAUCUGAGGAAGGAAGGCACCAGUGUUGAUUAGCACUCUUAACUAGGGAGUGGUAGUUACUUCAAAAAAGUAAUUGACCAGAUAAAGGGGAGCAUUUAAGGAAAUUGGUAAGUGGAGGUAGGAAGUUCUUGCGGUUCUUCACGUGGAUUUGACAAGUUUGGCUUUCAUUCUGUUAAAGUCCUGGGGGACGACUCUGCAGUUUAGAACUGGCUGAUGACUACUGUCAGAAAGUUGAAGUAGAAAAAUGAAAGGCAUAAGUGGUAACUCUUUAUCCAGUAAACUGUUUGAUUUUUUUCAGCAAGUGGAACAUUUUGGUGCAGUUUAUCCCGAAGUGGGGUUUAGUCAGAAAACCAAGGGAGUAGUGUCUGGAAACUUAGAGUAACUGGAAACAGCUAAAAUGAUUGAAAGCACACUUUAAAAACUGGAAACAAAAUUGGGCCGCUUGGCUUUUUUUUUUUUUUUUUUUUUUUUUUUUUUUUAAACUAUUGUUUGGUAAGCCUGCUUUUACCCCCACCACCUGUCUUGGAAACAAACCGAUUGUGUUGGAGACCAGAGCUGGUAGUAUAAAAAAGCUAAUGUUUCCAAAGGAAACAGAUUUGAGUCGUUGGGUUAGAAAAACCAACUCAACUCCUAAGAUUUUUUUUCUUCAUCGUAAAAUCAGCGCUAUCAUCUUUGAUCUUUGUCAUUGUGGGAAAUAACCCCAAAAUUCUAACCCUCCUCGGACAGGCUUUUCUAAUCCCAGACCAUGAGGGUAUUGACCAAAUUUAAAUAGCUGUUGACACUUACAUAGCUGUCUUCCUCAAUCCUAUGAUGUAAAGUACGUGGGAUUAUGCUUCUGAUGACUUGGGCUCUGGAGAUUUUAUUUAGGUAUCUGGAAAAUAGUGUAGAACAUAGAAAUUAAACAUAGUGAUCAUUAAUAUGAAGUCGAAAUUAAGCAUACCCAAAUGACCAUUCAGCUGUUGGCAAAUAGUUUACUGACCCAGCAGACUUAAUUCUCCCGUUGGGAAAAGAAUCCAUCUUGAGUCUUCUGGCUUUAUACUGGUUGUAAAAGAAACAAUGACAAAAUGUUUUGUUGAACUGGUAGUUGAAUACAGAACUUAGGUAUCCUAGAUCACUUUUCUCUUUGGAAUGUUUUGUAUUUGAAACUUAAUAAAACUUAACAUGC